AUGUUCAAAUUAUUUGGUCUUUUACUUGUUGGUGUAAGUGCCGUCCUUGCAAUUGAAUAUCCUUUGUUGCAUCAAUCAGCUCUAAUUAAGAAGACAGUUGAAAUUGAAGCUCCUGCCCAUUAUGACUUCUCAUAUUCGGUACAUGACGAACACACCGGUGAUGUGAAGAGCCAGACAGAAUCUCGCAAGGGAGACGUUGUACAUGGCCAGUACACUUUGAUUGAUGCUGAUGGCUACUUGCGUACCGUCGACUAUACCUCGGAUGCCCACAAUGGUUUCAAUGCUGUUGUGCGUCGUGAUCCUUUGGGCCACAAAGUGAAAGCUAUUGCCCCCAUUGCCAAGGUAUUAGUGGGAGCACCUAAAUUAUUGGCUGCACCCAAAUUUGCCCUACCUUUGGCAUACCACUAAACACCUGAAAACUAAGCAUCCUAUAAAUAAAUGACGACUUUUAAAACAUUCAUACUCGUACAUCGAAUCAAUCAACCAACCAACCAAUCAACCAACCAUUGCGCCCACGUAAAUAUCACAUUUAUACAAUAAGAACUGCUUGCUUACCAUUAUAAUUUUUUGUUUCUUAAUUAAAUUAAUUUAAAUUGUAUAGAAAAAACAAAAAUUAAAACGAAAAAUGUAACAAUA